AUAGACAGACGUUCCCUUUUUCUCUUUGCUGAACCUGAAGCAGCUAAACUACAAUAACCUGCAUGGACUGGGCACAGAGGGCAGGGAAACAUCAGCCAUCCCAAUAACUGGAGAGGGGGUGCAGGGCAUACGUAGUGAUUAUACGCUCUAAAAAGGAGCGAGGGAGAGAGACAAGCAAGCAGCGUGGAAGCAGCAGGAAAGAAAAACAUUGGUGUUGGUAUUCUGCAUGUACAAGUGCAGGAAGAAAACAUUGCAAUAAAAGUGUUUUAUAGGAGAGUGUGGGAGAGAUGAGCUGAGCUCCUGUCUCCAAGACUGUGCAUGUUCCGGCCUCCCAAGGGAAAAUACAUUUAUGCCUCAGGAUGUGUUCUAAGCACCACAGACUCGGUCCAAGUCUCAGGCAUGACAUUUUAGAAGAGGGAAAUACAUUAAAGACUGUUGUGCAACAUUAUCAACAGGCAGUGGAAAAUUUGUGGCAGCCAUAAGCGAGUUCCCUGAGACAGCUAACUCUUGCUUCGUGCACUCGAAGAAAGCCAGCAUCAUUGUACUCUUACUAUCAGCUGUGAGGGAUGGCAAGUAGUCUGACCCAAACUGGAGCUGUCUGGGCACUUCUUUCUAUGCUCUGCGCAGCUCUGUGCAGCACAAGUUUCUUUAUGCCCUACUGGCUGUUUGGCUUCCAGAUGGGCAAACCGGUUUCCUUCAGCUCAUUCCGCAGAUGCACAUAUCCCACCCAAACUGGGGAAGAGAGUGUGGUGAUGGUGGAGGAGUGUGGAAGAUAUGCCAGUUUCCAUGCCAUUCCCAGUCUAUCCUGGCAGAUCUCUACCUUGGUAAUAAGCAUUGGCUGUACCUUGCUCCUUUUGGUGUCCCUGGCUGCAGUUUUGGGCUGUUGUAUUAAAGACCUAAUUUCCAGAAUGACAGGACGGUUGUUAGGAGCAGCGCAGUUUGUUGGAGGCCUUCUCAUUAGCUCGGGUUGUGCCCUUUACCCCUUGGGGUGGAACAGCCCUGAGAUCCAACAAGCGUGUGGGAAUGCCUCCAGUCAGUUCCAUUUAGGAACUUGCAAGCUCGGCUGGGCCUAUUACAGUACUGGGGCUGGCGCUGCAGCCGCAAUGCUCAUCUGCACUUGGCUUUCGUGUUUUGCUGGAAAAAACGGCAAAUCAUCCCUUUACUGACACUUCCUGCAGCAUCAGAAGGAGCACUACCUUUAUUCCAAAUUAUGGCUACAACAAAGCACUUUAUAACAAAAGGACCAUUAAGACAGCACAGUGAUGUUUUAUCUGCCAUAGUAUGUGGAUAUUACAGGUAUGGGAUCCGGAAAUCCGGUAUCUAGAAAACUCUGAAUUAUGGGUAGCUCCUCUUCCAUAGACUCCUUUUUUAGCAACUAAUUUUUCUUUUUCUUUGUAAUAACACAAAGAACCUUGUACUUAAUCCCAACUAAAAUAUUAUUAAUCUUUACUGGAGGCAAACAAUCCUAUUGGGUUUAUUUAAUGUUUAUUUAUUCAAUGUAAAGCAUGAGGAUCUAAAUUAUGGAGACCCCUAAUCUGGGAAACCCCAGGCCCUGAGCAUUCUGGAUAACAGGUCCCUUGCCUGUAUUUUUAUUUAAUAAUCACAAACUACUCUAAACUGCAGUUCAGAUGAUAAAUUACCUGUAACCUGGGGUUUUCUGUGAAGUAGUGAUUUGCAGGUUGAUCUGCACUCAUGGGACCCACAGGUUUAUCCUCAGGUCAGGCAGGUUAGGGUUGAAAUUUGGGCGACCAUUGCAUGUUUGGGUUGGGUACGGGUUAGACUGGGGUAGUACACUCUUUCUCUGCUCCCAAAGUUUCCCUGUCUUGGAACCUAAGGUGCAUGCAGAAGUAGCAUGCAGGAUGGUAAGCCAUGGGGAUGGGUUGGGUGCGGGUCUUAAAAUGGCGAUAUUUUGUGUUUUAGGGUACACAGGAAGACAAUGGAGCAUAAAAGCUUCCCAAAAGGUAUUUUAGUGGGGGGAAAACAAAUCAAAAUUUUGUUAUGUCGAUGUUUAACUGUCAGAUCCGCUUUAAAGUAUAGUUUUUUUGUCUAAUUGAAAAUGGUCAUAUUUUCUUCAUGCCGGUACAAUUCACAAGGAGGAUUUUCUUCUGCUACAAAAUCCAUUCAGUCAACAGUUUGUGGACUAGACACAUGGUGACAACUAACAAUUUGGCACGUUAUACACUGAGAGUAGAGGUUUUGGUAACCCUUUAGGAUCAGGCAGAGUAAAAGAGCAAAAGCCUUAGCAAUGAAACUGAAAAAUAACAGCGUAGUGCUUCCACCUAGUGGGCAUAAGGGAUACACCUCAGAGGAAAUUAAAUACACAUACAUUUUCAGCAAUGCUUAGAGCUCCGAAAGCUUGCAAUGUAUUUUUAUUGUUUGCCAAUAUAGGUAUCAUUUCUACAAUACUCUUGUAUUUGUGUUUUUUUUUUUUUUAUUAUUAUUAUUUUUGACACUGGCUAACACGGUACUACAGUUUUUGUUUUGUGAUAUACUGUAUAUAGAAAGUGUAAAAUGCAACAGGCAUCUAAUACUAUGAAACCCUCCAGCUAUGUGGACACGUGAGGCCUGUUUUACUCACUAGCAGAAAUAUUAGCUGACAGUCUAUAACACACAGUCAUUCAAACUACCAGUCCCACAGAUUGUGUGAGAUAAAUAAAUGCACAGUUCAGUUCUUUGCAUAAAGUUCCACUUAUAAAAGCCUAUCAGAAAAAAGUGUAUAUUUGUCAGGAGCAAUUUAUCACCACUGGUAAAUGGGGAACUGUCCCUGCUGGUUAAUGCAUGUUAUGGGGCAUCAGAAAUUGCAUGAGGUAGACAUGACUUGCUUAUUAUGCUGAUUAUCUAAAAGGACAGAAAAAUAACAGUGCAGAUUUAAGGAUCAAUUACACCCAAAAGUUUUGGUUUUUUUGGAGCAAUAAAAGAAAAUGUAAUUUUAAGCAACUUUCCUGUACAUAUUAAUGAAAAAAUGUUACUGGUUUUUAAGUUAUUUGAAAUGUAAUUACAAAUAAACCUUUGUCCCCUCUGCAUUGCUGGUUCUGACUCCUAAAACAAUGUAGCAGGAGCCAGCUCAUCUCCAGCCAAGGCUCUGAUUCCCACAAUGCCUUUCAUGCUUCUCUGCGGAUCUGUCUUUCAUUUGGCUUUUGCUGCUCUGCUUCAAGAGUCUGAUCCGGCAGUGCAGCAUGGUGCAUGAAUAAAUCGUUUUUAAACUCUACACGUGGUAGAGUUUUUAAUUAAGGAAUAUUUUUUAAACAGUACAUGAUCAGUUACCUUGUAAAGGGAAAAAAAAUAGAAAUUAAGAGACUGACUAAACAACUGGAUAGUUUGAUGCUUUCUCAAUCUGAUUUGACAAACCAAAUUCAAAGGGCUAAGACAGAAAGAGACUCAGCCCUCACCUCUAAGGCACACAAAGCAAUGUAGUAAACCCAACAGUGUUUUUAUUACGACUCAAAUUAACCAAGGAGGUUGCGUAAAUUGGAUUAUAUUCUGAUAACUAAUAUACUCAGAAGGCUUGACCUCAAGCUCAUUGCUGAUAAUCUUCCAGGAAUUUCACAAUUUUUAUAAAAAACUUUAUAAAUGCCUCAGUUCUCAAAAGUAUACCUAUGCUCAAAACACUCAAGACUCAGAUAUAACUGGGGACAAAGCUAAGUUUGCAAUAAAACAAUUACAUCUUCCAAAAUCCCCAGGCCCCCGUGGGUUCCCAGCCCUAUAUUAUAAAAAUUCUCCCAUAUACUAACCCCCUACCUGACUGUUUAAUCAGUUAAUCAUAGGUGAUACUUCUCCUCAGCAGACACUUAUGGCAAAUAUAACACCUAUUCCUCAACCUAAUUCAGAUCUUAAAGAUUGCAAAAAUGAUCUCAGUACUAAAUCUGGAUAAUAAGAUACUGGCAAAGACACUAGCAGGCUGCUUAAGCAUGAGUCUUCUCUCCAUAAUACACAGAGAAGAAGUAGGUUUUGUGUGAGAAAGGCAAGCAGCAGAUGCCAUUAGGAGGCUAAUAUUGUUAACAAAUUGGGAUAAAGGAACUUUAACACUGGCUAUGCUUCCUAAGCUAGAUAUAAGGAAGGCUUGGCCAUACCUAUAUCAAACAUUUCAGGAAUGGAGUUUCGGGCGAAAGGUUUCCACUUGCAUUCAUGCCUUAAAUGGGUAAAAUACCAGUAGGCCCCUAAUUCCUCUGCAACACAUGGCAGGUGUGCCCAUUGUCACAUUUGCUGUGCGACCUAGAGACGCUCUUAAUGUAGGCUCUCACAAACUCAGCAUGUUUCCUGAAGAUGUGAUGUUGGUUGUGUCAUACCCAAAUACACUGUUACCUAAUUUACAUGAUACACUUCAAAAAUUUGGAGCCAUAAUCUGAUUACAAAUAACUCCCCCAUAAAACUGAAGCUUGGGAAAAAGAGAUCUGGAACCUACUACUUGGCCAUAUUUUGAUAUUUCAAUGGUGCAUCAGUGGUAAAUCACCUCUUAAGGCUAUAUCACACUUAUACCAUAACAUGAUCUCCCCCGUAAAGGUCACUGAUAUACCCUAUAUUAAGUCCUGGGAAAUAGAGCUGGAAACCAUGCUACCGGAGGAGGACUUGUUUUAAAAUAUGAGAUAACUUGAGAAGUUGUUCAGUUAAUAAAGUUUUUCAGGAGGCUGGCUAUAAAGUACUCUUCCGCUGGUACCUUCCACCAGCAAGAUUAGCACAAAUAUACUUAGGUGUUUUGGGUGUUUUCGGGGUGUUGUGGAAAUUUCAGAAAGUCGUUUGAGGUAAAUCGGUAAGAUUUGUUAGACACAUACGUGGGUUCUGAACAAAGCCAAGAGUCAGAACUACAGAACAAAGACAGCACUGAGUUUUUAUAAACUUUGUGACAUAGUAGCAUACAUCAUAAGAAAUGUAUGAGCAUAGGCCUAACCAGUUUACCAGUGUACAUGUAUAGAAAUAUCUGUUCACAUCACAGAAAAAAAGUAGCAGCUCUUUUCCAAAUAGGUGGUUCUGUCUUCAAGGCCACAGUUGACGUAACUAAGGCAAACAGAAUCCAUCCGAGACAGGGGGGCCUGCACACACAGAAUUUUGGAUAAGGGUAUACAACCUGAUAUAGUCAGUCUUACAGGUGAAUCUAAGAAAAGCCCUGUAUGAAGCACUGAUGGGAGCCCCAUCAAAAAGGUCCCUUAAGUAAAACAAUUAUUAUUAAACCAUAUAUUUCUGGCAGCAAGGCAGACUGUUGCAAAAUCUUUGAAAUCUCUGUCUAUAAACAUUUCCUUAUUCAAAAACAAUAUUGACUGGAUUUUCAUAAAUGAGAAACUGACCAGUCUUAGUAAUGACAGAUAUAUUCCUAAAAAUAUGGCCCUGGAUAACCUACAGGUUAAACUGAACUUUAACCCACCCACCUUCUUCCAGUUUGACAGUAGUGUUGAUCCAUAGAGCAACAGUGUUUUUAUAAUGGUGACAAUGACAAACUGAUAGGUCUCCUUAUGUUUAGUUACUUUUUCCUAUGUUCAUAUAUUACUUUACCUAUUGUUAUACAUAGUUAAUUGUGAUGUGAUUUGAAUUUCUUAUGGUACAGACUGCUAUAAUGUUAUGGAAAUGAAACAUGAUUAUUGUUUAGGGGUGCUUCCCCCAUUGUAUGAAAUAUGGUUAAAAUAAGUGAGACAUACAAGACUAUGCCAAUUCUUCUUAUAUCAUGUUGAGAACUUGUCAGUCUUUACAAUAUGCUGUAAAAACCUGUCUAAAAAUAAAGAAAUAAAAAAAAACCUUAUUUACCUUGAA